GUUCUGCCACAGAGGUCGAGGUCCCCUUAGAAUGGGACAGGCGAGGGAUUAGUCGGUAAGAACUGAGCGUGCGUCCUUCCCGAGGACAGCGCCGCGGAAAUGAUGAAACAGAGAAUGUGCGACACUGCACUCGCAGGCGCGCGGCUAGGUACACUCGGAACAUCACGGGAAGAGAUGUUUCUACCCAAGGACAGAUACGCAAGCGCCAGGUGCUUAGUGCCGAUACUUCCAUUUUACCGGCAUUUGCCUUUCCAAUUCAAAAGCAGUUUCUCGCUCGCACAGUCAUUGACGGGACGCCAAAAUGCCGCCCCCAAAAGCAAAAGGAGGCAAGAUGCAAGGUCUCAUCCACUGGAGGCUAAAAAUCACCCUGAACGAUGGUCGGGCACUCGUUGGUCAGAUGCUUGCUUUCGACAGACAUAUGAAUCUCGUUAUCGUGGACUGUGAAGAGUUUCGGCGUGUUCGAAGCAAAAAGAAGUCGGAAUCGGGCGAGCCGCUUCCUCCACAAGAAAUGAAGAGAACGCUCGGGCUUGUAAUCAUUCGCGGAGAGGUUGUGGUCAGCAUCAGUGUCGAGGGCCCUCCCCCUGUUCCCGAUGAAGACAAGGCGGCAUCUACUUUGUUGCCUGGACCUGGUCGUGGAAUGCCUGCAGGACGCGGUAUAGGCAUGAUGCCCCCAGGUGGUCUGGCUCCUCCUCGUCCCUUCGGUGGCCCCCCAAUGGGAGCGCCUCCCGGAAUACCUCCACCCGGUUUCCGUCCUCCAGGAUUCCCGGGCGCUCCUCCCCCGCCUGGUUUCCCUGGUAUGCCACAAAUGGGAGGGCCACCUCCACCUGGCUUUCCUCCACAGUAGGGUUGACACUGUACACUGCAGAGGAAUGGAGUUGUAUUUAUUGUUUGUUCUGUAAACUCAAACUCCUGUGAAACAAUGCUUUCCCAUUACGAACAUAAGCUAUUGUUACGACUGCUUUCCGGGCCAAUUGCCAUAAGGUUUUAAUCCUCAUCAAUCAAGCUCCCAAGGUGAUGGUGUCCACCAGCGCUCAGCCAUCCACUCGGCCAUGAUAUUGCCAACAAUGAGAUCUCCAAAUCCGACAUUAUCAUUGAGACAAAGCAGGCCUGCUUGAGGAUCAUCGCGAUCCGGGAUCAGUGACAACACCGACCGAGCUUGUUGAGGGUUCUUUAGUCGGCGAAACGAGGAA